AUGAAAGUCCCAAAAAUUGCUGAAGAAGAAGCACCAGUCGAUCCAAGAAUUUCUAUGAAAGAGCAACUGAAAACCGGUAAGGGAGAUCUCGCAAAUCCGUUGGAUAACGAAAACCGUGUUUUUUCCCAAUAGACCAAAAACUUUACUAACGUACCGGACUUUAGAUUCCCUGAUCUUUUUAAUUACCUGGUGGGAAAACAUCCCGUAUACAACAGCGAAAGCCUUAAAAGUUACAAAUCUCUAUUGGGGUACAAAUUAUUUUUUGAUGGACAUGUGGAAGAACUUUGGUAUCACCCACCUCAACACAAUAGUAAUUACAGUUAUUUUACGUUUGCUGUAAAGCCAACUGAAAAAUCCAAGACUGAUGAUGGUUCAGCAAAAUACGGAAGGUUUUUCAUUUUAAAGAAGGAUGGAAGUGUCAAUUCAGCCUACUGCUUAUGCAAAGGAGGGUAUGUAUUCUCUUCUUUUGAUUUCUGAAGCCUGUCUAUGUGCUUGAUAUUCCAUAAAAAUACGUUUGAGAAUCAAAACUUUUGGUCUUUUCAGUUGUUUUUCUCUGUGACAGGUUUUGUUUUAUUCAGAUUCGAAGGUUUAUAUUUCCCUGGUAGCAGUUGUAACAUGAGUAAAAGGUAGAUGCCUCCUGAAUUGAAGAUCUAAAUCAAUAGAUGCAUUAUUUUAAGUCUCAAACCUUCUGGAUCAUUUAUGACUUCAGCACUAAGUAUUAAAACAGUAGUUCAAAUUCAGGAUCUGUGAGCCUAGUAACUGAACUUAUUGGCUACUUUACAGUCUAUCGGUGUGAACAAUGUGAGAUACAUAUUGGUCAUAUUGGUCCUCCUUUAAACAGGGCAGAUAGAGGUUGCCGGCACAUAGCUGCAGCAUUGUUUGAUCUGGAAGCAAAUGUGAGACGUAAUAUAUCAAACAUGAGAUGCAGUGUUUCAUCAGGUGAUGAAACAUUGUGUCGAAUGUUUGAUAUUUCUUCUUAAACAAAAUCAUUUUUGAAGGAGAAAUUAAGGAUGCAAAUACUAAGCAGUGUAUCAUCCGAUUUCCAAACACUCAUUAAACAUUAAUUUCCUUUGUAUUUUCUUAAUGAAUUAUUAAUGAGUUUGAGAGUUAAUGAUCUCCAAUCAUGUACAUCAGGACAGUGCAUGUGGAAAAAGAGAGGAAAGAGAAAUGAGGGAAGUUUGCCCAUUCAGGACCUUCAAACGAGUGGUAGUUAUGGUGUGACAUUGAAAGACGCAAUUCACCCAAGAGAUUUUAAUCCAAUUUGUAUUCGUUAUAAUGUGACUGGACUGGAACAAGAUUUUAAAGCUGGGUUGCUGGAAACAUGUCCUAGCUCUUCAGCUCUGCCUUUUUUAUCUUCAACCAAAGAACCCAGGCAAACAGAGGAAGAAGUCAGAGCUUUCAUCAGCAGUGAUGUUAAUGUCAGUAAAGAAGAAAGUGUUCAAAUUGUACAUGUACAGUGGAACCCUGUUAAGGCGACCACCGUUGGGCCAUAAAAUCCUCGUCGUAAUAACGAGGUGGUCGCAUUAACGGGAUCUUCAAAAUAAUAAAAUGACUCAAUGAUUGUUACGUUUGGUUUGAAAGAAUAUGGUCGUAAUAACGAGGUGGUCUUAUAAACGGGGUGGUCGUAAGGCGGGGUUCCACUGUAUAUUCAAUGAAUGAUUAUGCCAAAGUGUUUCUUUCUGUUAAUACUGAUAAAGUGAUGCCUACAGUUUCUAAAUAA